AUGGUCGAUGAACUCUCACUUCCUCGAAAGAGUAUUGAGUUGGAAGACCCUGGUGCUCAUGAACUUGCUUCAAGUUCAAGCGAUGAGCACUUCUCUGAUGCAUCUGAAAGCCGCCAUGUAGUUGAGAGACGAGCUUCCAGAUCAGAAGCAACCUCGCCAGUGCCCAUCACAAGAGUAGAGAGGGUCGACGACGAGCCAUGCUAUGGCGAGGUUCCGGGAACGGAGGCCUACGAGAAGAGAGUUCAGGACGCCGUCCCUGACGAAGUUGAGGUGGUCCCGGACGGACAGCGAAGCCGGAGCGCCUCGAGGGUCAAUACGGGAGAUCGGCCACUUACGCCCGGUGGCUCCCCCAUUCCGAGGACGGUGGUCGAAAGAGUCGAUGACGAGCCUUGCUAUGGUGAGGUCCCGGGAACGGAGGCCUACGAGAAGAGAAUCCAGGAUGCGGUCCCUGACGCAGUUGACGUUGUCCCGGACGGACAGCGAAGCCGAAGCGCGUCCAGAGUUGAUGCAGGAGAUCGACCACGUACCCCUGGUGGCUCCCCCAUCCCGAAGACUGUGGUUGAAAGAGUCGACGACGCACCCAGCUAUGGCGAAGUUCCAGGAACGGAUGCCUACCAGAAACGCCUGCAAGAUGCCGUUCCUGACGAGGUCAUAAAGGUCCACGAUGAGCCUCCACAAAACAAGAAGGGAGGAUCGCCAACCUCCUCGAUAAAUAGGUCUCCUGUAGUCCACGCAGCAGCCGAAGCGACCGCGCAUGGCUCACACACAUAUAAUCCUGAACCACUUUCGUUGGAGGACAAUCUAAAUGACAUUGACGGCUCAGAAGGAGACGGCGACUUUGGCGACGACUUCGAUGAUUUUGAAGAGGGCGGGGAGGGGGACGAUUUUGGGGAUUUUGAUGAUGGGUUUCAUGGCGAUGGAGAGAAUGAGACUUCAUUUGUCAAACCCUCGGAUCAAUCAUUUACGCCCGCACCUCCGCCCGGUCUUCCUGUCUUGGACUUCAACGAGCUUACCACGCUCGACCAUGUUGUCUCCGCUACGCAGCCAUACCUGGAAGAGAUAUACCCGACCACAAAGGAAAUUCCCAUCAUAUCUACGACGAACCAGGAUGGCAUCAAAUCGAUAUUCUCGGAGCGCAGCAGCUCGCUGUGGAGCCAGUUAGUAGCACCGCCACCGCUACAACCGCCAGACUGGGUGCGGUCUCGGAUACGAAGACUAUUUCUCGUCUCACUUGGAGUGCCUGUGGACCUGGACGAGAUACUGCCAGCGUCCAAGCAAAAGAAGCUCAUCCUCCCUUCCAUACACAUUCCCGGGGAGAAAUCGCCGCGGCCGUCGGCGGAUGAGCGCAACGGUGCACUGGGGCGUGUGAAGAGAGAGAAUUCAUCAUCCGCGUCCCUUGACUCGUCCGGGUCGAAGUCCGAACGGAAACGAAAGGGACCUCCACCACCUCCGGCACUGGACCUCGGCGCUACGAGCAGGCUGUGCGCUACGACGGACGCGGCGCUGCAAAACUUCACCGACGAAGAGCUGCAGGCACACGUGAAGCGGCUGGAGGAGCUGAAGGAGCGUGCGGGCGAGGUGUUUGAGUACUGGCAGAAGCGGUUGGAGAGCGCAUUGGGGGAUAAGGAAGCGUUUGAGAGCGUGAUUGAGAACCUCGUGGCUCACGCAAAGAAGAUUCGUUAG